UAAAAAAAAACUCCAAAAACCAGAAAUAAAAGAGAGAGAGAACAAAUCUACCUUUCUCUCUCUCUCUCCGAUCAGAUCGGGCACCCACUGUCUGAAACCCCGACUUUGAUUCCUUUUUUGUGUUUCCAAACGUUUCAAUAUUCAAUUUGAAUUUGGCAUCAUUUUUCGUUCCCAAUUUCUGUGAUCUGGAAAAUCCCUUGUGAUUUUGGGGGGUUUGGGGUUGCUUGAUUCGGAUUCGUUGCGACGGGGAUGGAGAUUCGUGCAUUGAAUUUGUGAAUUUUGUAGGUUUUGUUGUAAUAGAUCAUUCGUGGUUCUCAAAUGGCGUCGGCUCAGGUGCUGCCAAACUCCGCCGCUUCGUCGCGGAAGCAAGAGCAUCUCGAAGCUGGCAAGCGCCGGCUGGAGGAGUUUCGUAAAAAGAAAGCUGCAGAGCGGGCCAAGAAGUCUUCAUCCUCGAGCCAUGUUCACAAUUCUGAUGCUAGCCUGAAUCAAAAACAGGCUUCUGAAGUUGAAAAUGUACGAGUUAAUGAAUCGGAUGGAGUUACCACAUCUGGCAGUAUUGGAGGUGCUGUUAUUGACACAUUAACUUCGGGAAUGGGUAAUGACAAGAACCUGGAAUUGUUUAGCCAAAGUAGUAAUCAAGGGUCUUUGGCUGGUAGAACUAGUCUUGCAAGUGAUGAUUUUAAUACAUUGUCUACUAGUCUGGUGGAGGCACAUUCAGAGAUUGAUGAAGCUAAGAGAUAUAAUGCUUCUGCUGUUACUGCAUCUGCAGAUGUUAGUCGAAGCAAUGAGGCAAAUAAGGUGAAUGAUAUGUAUGGAAUUCAUGCUGGUCGUCUUGGCAGAAACCCAUAUGGGACUACAAACCACCAAAGCAUUCUUCUACAUUCGCAAGAAAGUCAAGAUUUUGGUAGCAAUACUAGUCAAUCUAGUCUUCAUGGAAUGAAUGAAAACCAGCCAAUCAAGAGUAACAGUUCUGUGAAGGAUUAUGCAAUUACUGAUCAUGGCUCUUCUCCUUAUUUUCCAUCAAAAAUCUCACCUCAGAACUCUGUUGAUACACUGCUGCAAAUUAAGCCAACAAAUUCUAGCACUUCAGAUAGCGGUUUUUCACAUGGUUUGCUUUCCGGAGGCUUCAAUGAUUCUUUCAGUUCUAAGUUUAGGGAGACCAUUACUAGUUCUGAUAGUGAUUUAACUGGCCUUCAUGGUGCAACUAUGCCAAAAUAUGAUUUCACCGGUUAUGAAACAAGGAAUCCCUCCAACCAUACACAAAUACAUUCAGUGUCAAUGGAAUCUAGCUCUAGGAGGUCACGUCCAUCUUUUCUUGAUUCUCUAAAUGUCACUAGAUCUUCUUUGGGGUCUCCAUUUCAUCAAACUGAGCAAGAUUCCUCUAUGUCCAAUCAUUUAGAAUCAAGCAGCAAUGAUAUGUCAGGAUCUUCUUAUUUCCAUAAGCCAUCUGAAGAGACUAAAAAUGUGGCACAUUUAUCAAAUUUUACAACUGGAAGUGUUCAUAGUCCAUUUGACCACUUGACAAACUCUUCAGUUUUUAAUAAUAACAGUCAAGACACACUGAUGAUAAGUGCUAAGGAAAAUGGCAUGGAGAAGAAACACGAUUACUACACUCCUUCAAAAAAUGAAGACUUCGCUGCUUUAGAACAGCAUAUUGAAGAUCUAACACAGGAAAAAUUUUCUUUGCAACGUGCUCUUGAGGCUUCUCGAGUGUUAGCAGAGUCACUAGCUACUGAAAAUUCAUCUCUGACUGAUAAUUAUAAUCAACAGAGAAGUGUUGUCAACCAAUUAAAAUCAGACAUGGAGAAGUUACAAGAAGAUAUCAAAGCGCAACUGGUUGAACUUGAGUCUAUCAGGAGUGAAUAUACAAAUGCACAACUUGAGUGUAAUGCCUCUGAUGAGCGUGCCAAGUUAUUGGCUUCUGAAGUUAUUGGUUUAGAGGAGAAGGCACUCAGACUAAGAUCUAGUGAGCUAAAGCUUGAGAAGCAGUUGGAAAAUGCAGAAGCAGAAAUUUCAUCAUACAGAAAGAAAAUGUCUAGCCUAGACAAAGAGCGCCAUGAUUUGCUGUCAACCAUCGAUGCUCUUCAAGAGGAAAAGAAGGUGUUGCUGUCUAAGCUGCGAAAGGCUUCAGGAAUUGGAAAGUCUAUUGAGAGUCAAGUUAUUAAAAGGGACGUUUCAACAUCUACAGAGGAUUUAGCAAGCGAAGAUCCUGCUUCAAACUCUUUCAACCCUGAAAUCAAUGAUAAUGCUGCCCAAACCUCUAGUUUGUCUUUAAUUCCUGAAACUACACACUCUUCUCUUGGAGUUUCUCCUGUGAAUAUUCCUCAUGAUCAGAUGAGAAUGAUUGAGAACAUUAAUGCUCUUAUUUCUGAGCUGGCAUUAGAGAAAGAAGAAUUGAUGAAAGCCUUGACAUCUGAAUCAUCUGAAUGUUCCAGGAUGAAGGAGAUAAAUAAGGAGUUGUCCCGAAAACUUGAGGUCCAGACACAAAGAUUAGAGCUUUUGACUGCUCAAAGCAUGGUUAACGACAAUAUUUCAGCAAAACAACCAGAUUCUCUCGCUAUGUAUGAGAACAACACCCCAUACGCAGAUGAGGGUGAUGAGGUGGUGGAAAGGGUGUUGGGAUGGAUUAUGAAGCUUUUUCCUGGUGGGCCUUCAAGGCGAAGAACCAGCAAACUUCUUUGAUUGGAUUUAUAUUGUAAUUGUUGUCACCAAAGUCUACACAGCUACUGGGAUGGAUUAUGAAGAUGUUUCCCUGUAUGCCCACCAAGGUAAAGGACCAGCACAUCUAAGCCUCGACCAUUGAGUAACAGGUCAACAAAGUCUGCUGAGUUGCUUUUUGUUCUUGUCACCUCCUCUAGGUUGAGGAGGUCGUGAUCUGUAUAUUUUGAGUGAAUUAUACAACAAAUUAUUGAAAAGAAAGAAGCUUGUUAUCAUAGCUGCUUAUUGAUUGGUGAAUCGGGCUGCAAUUAUUUUGGAAGAUGGCAAUAAAAUCUGUUCUCUGGUUUUAUAUCUUGAUUGAAUUCCAAUUUUUGUGCGAAUAGUAGUUUGGAUAUGAAAGAGACUGUACCAAGAAGCCUUGGGGAGGACACUAGACCAAUUGUUCAAAAGCAUGAGAUUUGGGAACAUUUGAUGAAUGUAUAUUCAAGGUACAAGUGUAAUACGUGAAGUCUGUAUUUUUCAGUGCUCUACAUCACUUAUGAACAUUACUGUCCCUAAGUUAGUAUAUUUAGUGAA